AUGGCUGUUGCUGUUCGUGUCUUGUUCAUCACAGCCACCAGCACAAGUGGUGGUGGUGGUGGUGGUGGUCUAUACCACCACCGUCACCAGGUUUUCCCCAAUUCUCUCUUCUUCGCUGCUGCGUUCAAGAAUCCCCAAUUCAAGAAUCGUCGAUUCCUACGCCCCCUUUUGAUUUCACUACCGGAUUCACGGGCUUUCCGAUUCCUCGCCGUCACUUCUUCUUCUUCUUCUUCUUCUUCUUCCCAUCCACCGCCCAACCCUGACUCCUCCGGCUCCUCUCCUGGUGACGACCCAGAUCCUCCACCUUCAGGUGUAGCAGCAUCAAAGAUGUCUACAUUGCAAGACAAAGUUCACAUCUUUUUUGCAGUUUUUUUCUGGAUGUCAUUGUUCUUCUGGGCUUCAGCAUGGGAUGGAACUAAUAAUAAUAACAACAACAAUAACAAUAAUAAUGGCAGACCCGAUAAGGGUGGUGGAGGAUCUCGCUUCAGAAGAUAAUCCAGCUUUCCCCCCGCCCGUUUAUCUAGUGUUUGUCAAAAGUCAAAACACACUCCUUAAAUUGAAUUGAAGUGAAGAACUUGAUUGUAGGGUAAACCUAGUUUUGAACAUUAAAAAACAAAUACAUAGUGUUCAUCAAUCUCAAUUUUAGUUUAUUUAUAUCCCCUUCUCUUGCAAUCAUCUAAUUGUAUAGACAUACUAUAUUAUCAACUUUUAUUAGAUUUUAGGGUUUGUAAUCAUCUAAUACAAAUCAUAUAAUAAUAUGUA